AUGUUGGCUAUCGGUGAUACCAUCUUAAGAUCCAUCAACUUUGUUUUCUUGGUGAUUGCGCUAGGCUUGACCGGCUCUCUUGCCGCUACCACAGUCUGGCAGGGCAACCCCCAGGUUAAUUUUGCCGUUUUCGCCAGUGCCUUUGGCAUUUUGACCUCCUCCUUCUACGGUGUGUUGGCGUUCUUCAUUGCCUCCUUUGCGUGGCCCCUCGUGUUGGCCAUUUUCGACUUUUUGAAUGUCGUUUUCACGUUUGCUGCAGCCACUGCCGUUGCUGCUGGAAUCCACUGCCAUUCUUGCACAAACCAGCGCUACUUGGACAAUAACAACAUUGCACAGGGCAGAGAGGGCAGAUGUAGAAAAGCGCAGGCUUCGGUUGCCUUCCUCUACUUUUCCUUUUUCAUUUUCUUGGCCUCGUGUGUCUUUUCCGUCAUUUCCGUGUUGAAGGGCGGAUUGUUUGGCGGAAGCCGUUCCACAGCCAGAGUUGGCGUUCCUUCGGUGUCGCAGAUUUAA